AUGCUUUCACCUAACCAGAGUGUCAUGAACUAUAGCGGCGGCGAGAAAGGGGCUUUCUAUGACUGGGAGGCAACCGGUCCCUUCUCGCUCGGCCCCACUGGCCAUCUGGUCUCCGCUGUGUUCCUGGGCAUCAUCGGAUUGUUGGGCUUCAUCAACAAUUUCCUGGUGUUGCUGCUUUUCUACCGUUUCAAGGCACUGCGCUCGCCCGUUAACCUCCUGCUCGUUAACAUCUCGCUCAGCGACCUGCUCGUCUGCAUCCUGGGCACCUCUUUCAGCUUCGCUGCCAGCACCCAAGGGCGCUGGCUAAUCGGGAAAGCGGGCUGCAUUUGGUACGGAUUCGCGAAUACCCUUUUCGGAACUGUAUCGCUAAUAUCUUUGGCUGUACUUUCAUAUGACCGUUACAUUACAAUUACCGGGGUUGCAGAAGUGGACAGGACAAACUACCAGAGUGCCUUUGUUGGAAUUUCAGUAUCCUGGAUCUAUUCUUUGAUGUGGACAGUGCCACCUCUAUUUGGAUGGAGUAGCUACAGUCCUGAGGGACCAGGGACAACAUGCUCUGUGAACUGGUAUUCAAAAGACAUUGCCAAUGUGUCUUACAUUAUGUGUCUCUUCAUCUUCUGUCUGGUCAUCCCCUUUCUGGUGAUAAUCUGCUGUUAUGGAAAAAUUCUGCUGGCAGUGAAGAAGAUAAGAGUAAACAACUCCAUACGACGAGGGAAAGAGUACAAGGUGCUGUUCAUGGUGACAUGUAUGGUAAUUUGUUUCCUGCUCUGCUGGUUACCCUAUGGAAUUGUGGCUCUUGUGGCUACUUUAGGACAUCCUGGACUGAUCUCAUCACCUGCCAGCAUUAUUCCUUCAAUCUUUGCAAAGAGCAGCACUGUCUACAACCCCAUUAUCUAUGUAUUUAUGAACAGACAGUUCUACAAAUGCUUUAAAUCACUUCUGACCUGCCAGAGUUUGCCUCUUGAUUUAAACUCCAGAAGUCUCUCUAAGACUAUAAAAAAAUCACCGCACCAAUCGGAAGAACUACAACAAUGCAAGCUUCAUAAAGACCUCCAUAAUUCUACGAACAACUGAAAAUGAAGAUCACUGUGACAGCAAUUAAAACAGUACAAGUAAAUAACCUACCCAGUGAAGUUUCACACCCUCAGCUAUGUGCUGUAGUGAAUACCACACGACAGCAUAUAGUUAUUUCUGCUGGAAAGUCCAAAACACUUCAUCACUACUUUGUAAGGAACUUCUCAAGUUCUCGUGGAAACUGCAAAAUGUGUUAGCUUAAGAAUCAGCAAUUAAUUUGUAUCAGCAAUUAAAAUGAAAAAGAUUGCUGGAAACACUCAGCCGGUCAAGUAGCGUCUAUGGAUGAGGAAAAAAAAGUUAAUCUUUCAGGUUGACCAUAAAUUGUAAAAGAAGUAUUAACAUUCUGUAAACUAAAUGGCUUAUAAUGAAAGAAAAGUAAACAAAUGGAUUUAUUAUGUUGUUAGAAUAUAUAUAUAUAUAUAUAUAUGUGUGUGUGUGUGUGAUAAAAACCUAUCAUCAAAAAAAAUCAUUAUAUUUCAUUCUUAAGGCUGGUUUGUUGACUUUUUGCAGGUGUUUCUGAAUGAUAAUGCUGAGAAUACUUUUGUUGUAUAAUGAAAACCAGUGAACAUAUUUUGUUUUCCAAAAGCUUGCUAAAUGUUACGUUUGAUCUUUUAUUAGUGUUACCAUCAAAAGAGCUAAUCUUGGAACAAUUAUCCUUGAAUCAAAGGCUCAAUUACAACCAGUGAAAGAAGCCAACAAACAAAUUUGAUAGAGUGUAAAGCAAUGAUUUUCAUUUGGCUUUAGCACUUGUAGCUGGAAUACUUGGCAUUUCAAGCUGAUGUGUAGAGAAUGGAUUAAUUUUCAGCAGAAUCCAUAGAAAUGCAUUGAAAUUCAGAGCACAUUGUAAUUUAUUUCAGUAUGACUUCUGUUUAAUAUAGUAGUUGUUCACUUACUGCAGUAUUUUAA